AUGUCACAAAAUUCUUUCCCGGGGACGAACCCCUUCAUCAACACCACUCUGAAAGAGAAGCCGACCGCAGUCGACCAGAUUGCAGAGGAGGAUGAAUUCGAGGUGACGUCACCAACUGACUUGACCUUCAAAAAUGCCGCCGGUCCGUCGAUCUUUGGAGGUAGCGCGUUCGCACAGCAUGGCUCGGGAUCGGGCGAGGGCAAUGAAGCCUCGCUGUUCGGUCGAGGUCCCUUUGACACCGGUCCUAGUGAAGGCGCAGACAACCCCGACACAGAGCAGCUUGCAGCGCUUCCUACGGGUACGGUGCAGCAGGGCUUCCCGAACAACUAUGCUCUGGGCCGCCGAACUUCCGUCUCUGCAGAGUCGCUGAACCCCACGUCGGCGGGAUCCGACAGCUGGAGCCCUCCCCAUCAUCCCAAGACGGAGGAUCAGCUGGCCCGUCUCAGGACGGCAGUCAGUGGCAAUUUCCUCUUCUCCCAUUUAGAUGACGACCAGUUCAAGACUGUGCUCGAUGCGCUGGUAGAGAAGCCCAUUCCCGCCAAGGAUAUCAAGGUGAUCUCGCAAGGAGAUGCGGGUGAUUACUUCUACAUCGUUGAGAACGGGCAUUUCGACAUCUAUAUUCACCCGGCUGGCUCGGUACAGCCGGGCCCCGAUGGAAUGGGCAAUAAGGUGGCCUCCACCGGCCCUGGAGGCUCCUUUGGUGAAUUGGCCUUGAUGUAUAACGCCCCUCGUGCCGCCACGGUCAUCUCCACCGAUGCCAAAAGCACCCUGUGGGCGUUGGAUCGAAUCACCUUCCGCCGCAUCCUCAUGGACUCGGCCUUCCAGCGCCGCCGCAUGUACGAAGCCUUCCUGGAAGAAGUGCCUCUCUUGUCAUCCCUCAAACCCUACGAGCGUUCCAAGAUUGCCGAUGCAUUGGAGCCCAUCAAGUUCCCCGCGGGAUCGACCAUUAUCAAUGAGGGUGACCCCGGCGACGCUUUCUAUCUUCUCGAGUCUGGUGAAGCCGAGGCCGUCAAGAACGAUGUGACCGUCAAGCAAUACAACCGAGGGGACUACUUCGGUGAACUGGCUCUGCUGGAUGACAAACCACGCGCGGCCAAUGUGGUCACGAAAACCGAUGUGAAAGUUGCCCGCUUGGGUCGCGAUGGAUUCAAGCGGCUCUUGGGGCCGGUCGAGGAUAUCAUGCGUCGAACAGAUUACAAGGUGGAGGACGUUAAAUCUCCCGUGUCCAAAUAA